GUGUGUGGAGAAAGAGAGAGAGAGAGAGGGCAGGGAAAGCUGUAGCCUCCAACUUAGCACCACUUCAGUGACGGCAGCCCGGAGCCGGAGAGAGAGAGAGAGUGAGAGAGAGAGAGAGAGAGAGAGAGAGAGAGAGAGAGAGAGAGCCGUGUCGGGGAGCCAUGGGUUUCCGCAAGAAGAACAAGAGCCCACCGGUGCUGAGCCACGAGUUUGUGAUCCAGAAUCACGCCGAUAUGGUUUCGUGCUUGGCCAUGAUUAUCCUCCUCGGCCUGAUGUUCGAGGUCACAGCAAAGUUUGCCAUCAUGUUCAUCACGGUCCAGUACAACGUCACACAGGUUCUUGAUGAGAAGAGUGAGCCGGUGAACCUCUACCAGUACGGUCCUAAAGAUGUGGCCACGGUGUUUUUCUACCUGCUCAUCGCGGUCAUCCUUCAUGCCUUGAUACAAGAAUAUAUUCUCGACAAAAUGAACAGGAGGUUGCACCUGUCAAAAACCAAACACAGCAAGUUCAAUGAGUCUGGACAGCUCGCUGCGUUCUACCUAUUCUCCUUCAUCUGGGGCUGCAGCAUCCUGACAGCGGAGGACUUCGCAACAAAUCCAACUUUCUUAUGGGAGGGUUACCCACACACUCACAUGGUUUUUCAGGUCAAGUUCUUCUACAUUUGCCAAAUUGCCUAUUGGCUCCAUGCACUUCCUGAGCUGUACUUUCAAAAAGUACGGAAGGAGGACAUCCCCCGCCAGCUCUACUACAUUUGCCUUUAUGUUGUCCACAUCACUGGUGCCUAUGUCUUAAACCUCCACCGACUGGGCCUGGUGUUGCUGGUCCCUCACUACCUGGUGGAGCUCCUGUUCCACGCUUCACGCCUCUUCUACUUCAGUGAUGAGAACAAGCAGAAAGGUUUUACUCUGUGGGCGCUGCUUUUUGUCAUUGCCCGCCUCCUCACACUCACACUCUCAGUUCUGACGUUUGGCUUUGGACUGCCCCGUACAGAAAACCAGGGCUUCUCCCUAGCAGAAGGCAACUUCAAUGUGCUCACCCUCAGGAUGACUUGUCUGGCAGCCAUCUGCCUGACACAGGCCUGGAUGAUGUGGAAAUUCAUUAACUUUCAGUUGAAAAAGUGGAGGGAGCACAGCCAGAACCAGGCCUCAAAGAAGAAGAUGGUCAGCCCAAAGAGUAAGCCUCACAAAAGGGAGCCCACAAGGGGAGGUGCUUCCAAUGGGGUUGUGAAGUCUGAGGAUAAAACAUCACCACGGGCAAGAAAAGCCAAAGCUUCAUAGAGAUGGAAGAAGUGGGGAAACAAACUAAGUGAGGGAGUUCUGACAAUGUGACAUUAUGUCUUUACACAACUUCAAAUUUUGUCUACUGUUCUCCAAAACAAAUGUUUAAGCGCACUAAGAAACCUUACAUAGCUGUCCCUUUGGGGGUUGAUACUCCUUUUUGAAAAAGUUCAGUGUUACUGUCUGCUAGAAGUGUUUAUUAUUAAUUUGGGUUCUCUGCAGAUGGGACGUUGGCAGGACAGUGCUGGUUUUGAUGCUUUAACAGGAUAGAUUUAGCUUUUCAAAGUGUCCUUUUGUGUAAAGCUACGAUCACUCGCCGGGUACUUUAAACUGGGUUGCUCUUCAGUAAUUUGACAUCAGUUAACAUCACAGUACCUUAACAAGCAAAUUCUGACUUCAGGGCAACUUAACAUAAAGUGCAGAUUAACUGUACAGUGUGUUAUUUUAAGUUUGGGCCUUAUUCAGUUACACUCACAAAACAGGCCACUGGCUCAAGUCCCAAAAUAAAGCCUUUCUUGCUCUGCAGGACAGCACUCCUAUAUUCUGCUGUUGUCAGGAAAAGAUCAUUAAUUAAUAUUUGUGCUAUUUAGGUAUUUGGCAUGGCUGCAGCCAGAAAACUGAAGCGUGUGCUUAACUCCUUGAUCAUUUACUGCCAUUAUUUGACAGCCUCUGCCUUUGAAAUCCGACAUGUUACAGGAUUGAGGCACUUUUUGUAUUUCUGUUUGCUUUUAUCACUAGCCUGGUAAUCGGCUUCACCCUGUCACAGGGGCUCAUCCAGGUUAGGUGACUUACCAAGAGGAAGCUGUACUGUAACCUGUAAUGCUGUACUGUAUGCAUACAGUUAAAUCUUUUUAUAAUGGCAUGAUCGGAAACUUGAGCAAGAAACUGUGUUUGAGGCUGCGAUUCAGUCUUUUAUAUGGUAAUAUCAAUGCAUGAUGGUUUAAGGCUAAAGACUUUAUGGCUAGAUCCUACCUGUGCUGUUGAGUUUGCAUCUCUCUCUCUCACUCACACACACACACACACACACAUAUAUACAAUACACAAACACACAAGCAUUCAGUGGCCUUUUUACAACUGCUGCAAGAAGUUUGAGUUAUUUAUUUUUGCCAUAUACUACAAAUAGUUAUUAUUUUAUAUGCUUUGAAAAGCUAUAACCAGCAAACACAGCGGUACAUAGCAACUGCGUUUAGUUAAUCCAAACAAUACAAUCUUUCUUCAAGUGUCCUUAUAAUGUCAGUGGUUCUUAUCACUCGUUCUUCUUGUGUUGCGUUCUGUUUGCCUUCUCUGUUUUCGCUUUUUUUAUUCUUGGGUAUCAGGGGACAAGCUAUUCACCACUUACACUUUAAGUUACAUCCCAAUGGGAGGUGUGUUUGUUCGGGGAUGUGUUUGUAUGCCUGUACACUUACACGUGUGUAUGUGUGUGUGUGUGUGUGUGUGUGUGUACAGUAUUGUUUCGCCUACUGUGUAUGUGAAUUAACUGGGCGUGAAUGAUGAUGAUGAUGGUGAUGACAACGAUGUUUAUUGCUUGUCUCGUUAAAAAAAAUAAUAAUAUUGCCUGCGUGCAGAGCAUGAAAUGUGACAAUCUGUUCAUUGACUCCUGCCCUGUUUGUUGUAUUUCACUUACUCUGUCUUUUAGUUCACUUCGGUUGGGCCCGUCUCAGUGCCCGACACGCACCUGUGUGUAAAACACUGAGCUGUGGAUAGGUGUAUGAUCUAUAGGUUACUAAAUGCUUAUGUGUUCAAUGUCUCUGCCCCUCAGAUACCCUUUCCUGUGUGAGAGAGAUUCUGUGAUUUUUUUUGUUUGCCAAAUGUGGCAUGUUUCGUCCUUCCUGCUUCACCUUUUCAAUGAUCCUGACAUUGCUAUGGAGCACACGCAUUGUACUGUUGGCCAUACUCUUUCCUCUCAUGGACCAAGCCCUGCUCUACUACUAAACCACUGUGCAUGCGAAGCCCAGUACAGACGUGACUGUACUACCUGUCGGCAGACAGUUGGAGUUUGGAGUCUUUUAGAGCAGUGAGGAGAUGAAGAUGCCAUUCAUUUUUUGCUCCCUUUAGCGCUCCUUAUUGGGACUUUGGUGGUGUUUUAAAGCCCUAUGUCUGUGUAUGGCAGUGUCAUAGGAGGGAAGGAGGAGCAGAGGACUUAUGUACCAGCCUGUUAUUAAACUGUCUCAGAUGUAAAAGAGAAAAAAAAAACUGACCUAACCCUACACUGUACUAAAAUAUGUGUCAGAUUUUUAAGCUAUUUUUAUAGAGGGGAAACUGUUGAAAUUCACUGUUGUUCAGUACACACGUGUGAAUAUUUGUUUUGCAUCCAUAUUGAUAUGAAUUGUUUUUUAUAUAAGAAUGAAGCUUGCUGAACUGUUAGCGUGGAUAUACAUUGUGGUAUGAGAGUAAAAAUGUACUUAGCCUAAUGGUUUAUUUAACUUCAUGGCCUUAUUAGAGCAACGUGAACUAAAUUGUAUAACAGUGCUCAGUUAACACUACUGCAGGCGUACGCUGCAGCUAUCACAACUACAUGUUUUAUGAUAGUGAAAUACACCAUCAUACGGACACUAGUCAUUGUCACAUCAGUUUAAAUAUAUAAUCAGAAGAGCAAACGGUCAGUAUAGUGUUUUAUUUGUUCCAGUUCUGCAGGUGUUUCUCAGUAUUUGUGAUUACAGGGCCGGAGGUAGAACCAACAAACUACAUUUUGCAGAGUGAAACCAUCUGUAAGCUUUUCUUGCUCAUCAGAUGUCACACUGUACAACAAUCAGCAGACGUUUAGGCUCUGAAACACGAGCUGCUCCAUAGUUCACGGUCCCCUCGCUUCGAGACACAAUAGCCUGUAUAAUCCCACAGGAAUGCACUUUUUUUUUUUUGCAUAAUAUGCAUUAUGUCAGAGCACCAUAACACUGCUCACUUGGGCUGUUUCUGCAUUGAUGCUCAAGGGUUUUACAAAUUGCCGUUGCUCAAUUUUAAAAACUGUGUGAUUUUGUAAUUGUUGAAAACUUAAAAAAAAAAAAAAAAAAGGCUGCAAUGAUUCAACUGUAUGAGCAACCUCUAGGUGGCAACAAUCAUUAAUGCAUUUGACCAUGAGAUCACUUUAAAAAAAAAAAAAAAAGACCUGCACAGCAGAGACACACACGUGUGUUGUAUUCUAUUAAUUAAUUCUGCAUUGUCCUUGAUUUGUUUUUAUUUUGCUGCUUGUUUAUAGAUGUUGCGAUAUAUUUCCUUUUCAAAUAUGUUGUCUCUGAACUGCUCUGAUGGUAUAUAUUUAUGCAAAUUCUUGUGAGUUCUGAUCAUUUUUUUUUUUGUCACUAUUUUUUUAUUUCAUGUUUGAAUAAAGCUUUUAUUCAUUACACAAA